CACACCCAAAUCUUUUUAUUUUUCCACUCUUUUAAUAGGCUGCGCUGGGUGCACUAUACUGACAGCCAAGAUUAUGUUGUCAAAAUUGUCCCCCCUUAGUCAAUUAUAAUUUUUCAUAAACCAUAGUAUAUCAAAUCAAACACCCCUUUCCAUUACUAUAUUACAUAUUCCACAAUUUUAAUUCUCAAACAAGACCAUCAUCAAUUUUCUUCUUAUCUCUCUUUUUGUCUUCACUAUACAUAUAUAUAACACAUUUAAUGUCUUCCCUCUAAGACCAGCUUCAAAACUCACGACAACAACAUGCGACCAAAACACAACCUCCUUACCUUAACAAUCACCUUGUUGUGUUCAUGGAGCUUAACAAAAGCUGACCCUCAAACAAGUUUAAUCAACAAAGGUUGUAGCCAAUACAACGCAACAAACUUAUCCAAUUUCUACCAAAAUCUAAACGCAACUUUGUUAGACUUGAAAUCACAAGUACGAAAUGAUAGCAAGCAUUUUGCUACGGCACAAUCAGCUAGAGGAGCAAAUCCUGUUUAUGCUUUGUUUCAGUGUAGGAAUUAUCUCUCUAAUUCUGAUUGUGCUGCUUGCCUCGCCGUCGCCGACGCACAAAUUCGGAAUUGCUCCGCUGGUUCCAACGGUGCCCGUGUUAUCUAUGAUGGUUGCUUCCUUAGGUAUGAGAGCAAUGGGUUCUUCGACCAAACAACUCAACCUGGAAACAGUAUGAUAUGUGGAAGCCAGGCAGCAAAUGGAGCCACUGCUUUUAAUGCAGCUGCACAACAAGUGUUAGAGGAUCUACAAACUGCAACACCAAAAAUUCCUGGUUUCUUUGCAGCUACCAAAACACAAGUUGUUGGAACUGGAAAUGCAAUCUAUGCUAUUGCACAAUGUGCUGAAACAGUCACUCAAAGUGGCUGUUUAGAUUGCCUGACAGUUGGAUUUACCAACAUACAGAGCUGUUUUCCUAAUACUGAUGGUAGGGCAUUUGAUGCUGGUUGUUUUAUGAGAUACUCAGAGAAAUCCUUCUUUGCUGAUAACCAGACCAUUGAUAUUGCACCCUUCUUAAAACAAGGAGGUUCAAGUAAGAAAAGGGCCAUUAUUGGUGGUGUUGUUGGAGGUGUGGCCCUUGUUGUGAUCCUCCUUGCACUUUUUGCUUGGUUUAGGCUCAAAAAGAAACCCAAGAAACUUCCUAGAGGUGACAUAUUGGGAGCAACCGAGUUGAAAGGUCCUGUUACUUACAGGUAUAAAGAUUUGAAGUCUGCAACAAAAAAUUUUAACGAUGAAAAUAAACUAGGAGAAGGCGGUUUUGGAGAUGUAUACAAGGGCACUCUGAAAAAUGGUAAAGUAGUUGCUGUCAAGAAACUGAUUCUAGGCAGCUCCGGCAAGAUGGAUGAACAAUUUGAAAGUGAGGUGAAGCUCAUAAGUAAUGUUCAUCAUAGGAAUCUAGUUCGGCUUCUCGGAUGUUGCAGUAAAGGCCAAGAGAGAAUCCUUGUUUAUGAAUACAUGGCAAACAGCAGUCUUGACAGAUUCUUAUUUGGUGAAAAUAAGGGUUCCCUCAAUUGGAUUCAAAGGUAUGAUAUAAUUUUAGGCACAGCAAGAGGUCUAUCCUAUCUGCAUGAAGAUUUCCACGUUUGCAUCAUACAUAGGGAUAUAAAGACUAACAAUAUCCUCUUAGAUGAUGAUCUUCAGCCUAGAAUUGCUGAUUUUGGAUUGGCAAGACUUCUACCAGAAGAUCAAUCUCAUGUUAGCACAAAAUUUGCAGGAACAUUGGGAUACACUGCACCAGAAUAUGCAAUUCAUGGUCAGUUAUCAGUGAAGGCUGAUACCUACAGUUUUGGUGUUGUAGUCCUAGAAAUCAUAAGUGGCCAAAAGAGUGGCGAGUUGAGGGAUGAUGUUGAUGGUGAAUUCCUCCUUCAAAGGGCAUGGAAACUAUAUGAGGAAGGUAGACACUUGGAGUUAGUCGACAAGACAUUGAACCCUGGUGACUAUGAUGCAGAAGAAGUGAAGAAAGUUAUCGAGAUUGCUUUGCUUUGCACUCAAGCAACAGCGGCUACAAGGCCAACUAUGUCAGAAAUAGUAGUUCUACUCAAAAGCAAGAACUUCAUGGAGCAUAUGAAACCAACCAUGCCUGUCUUUGUUAACUCUAACUUGAGGCCUCGGACCGAUACCUCUACAUCUACUGCUUCCUCUACAUCUAAUGCUACUGCUGCCACUUCUAUAUUAUCAGCUAGAUGAAUAUAUUGAAUUGGAGAGUGGAUGUUCAGUUAAAGGAUUUUAGGUUUUGAAGUUGAAGUGAAUACAAAAUUGAAGGAAAAAAGAAGAGGAUUUUCUCCAAUAUUAACUCUUGUAACUUGUACAUUUUUUUUAUACAAAUACCAAGUUUAUUGUGAAAUUGUACUACUGAGAUGCUAUUUCAUAUAAAGAAGAAUGGCUACUGAGAUGCUUAUUUGAUUGUUUGUUUGAACAUAAUGGAUUAUGGAUGAUUUUGUUGAAAAUGAA